GCGGCGCUGGCGGGGCCCUCGCGCCGCUCGUUCCCGCGUGUCCGGCGCCCGCGCUCGGCUCAUGGCGCUCCUGCGGGCCGUGUGGGGCGCGCUGGGCAGCGCGCUGGGCAGGGCGGGCGCGGGCCUGGGCCUGGGCCUCGGCGCCGACCGCGGCGGGGGCCGCCUGCGCGCGCCCCUCAGCCCCGCGCACGCGCCCCGGUGGCUCUCGGCCGCGGCCUCGUACCCGAAGAAGCCCAUGACCUCGUACGUGCGGUUCUCCAAGGAGCAGCUGCCCCUGUUCAAGGCCCAGCACCCAGAUGCAAAAAAUUCAGAACUAAUUAAAAAAAUUGCCCAACUAUGGAGGGAACUUCCUGACUCAGAGAAAAAAGUCUAUGAAGAUGCUUACAGGGCAGAAUGGGAGGCGUACAAAGAAGAAUUAAGCAGAAUUCAAAAACAGCUAACCCCAAGUCAGAUUGUAUCCUUGGAAAAAGAAAUUUUGCAAAAACGUUUGAAAAAGAAAGCAUUACUAAAAAAGAGAGAGUUGACACUGCUUGGAAAACCAAAAAGACCUCGUUCAGCUUACAACAUUUUUAUGGCUGAAAGGUUUCAAGAAACUAAGGAUAGUUCAUCACAGAACAAGCUGAAAGCUGUAAAUGAAAACUGGAAAAACCUUUCUAGCUCUCAAAAACAAGUAUAUAUCCAACGUGCUGAAGAUGAUAAAGUUCGUUAUUAUAAUGAAAUUAAAGCUUGGGAAGAACAAAUGGUUGAAGCUGGACGAACUGAUCUUCUCCGUCGCAAAACAAAGUCCUCAGCAAAAGAAGACAUUGAGAGUUAUUAAAAUAGAAGAUCGAAUUAGGUUUUUAAUGGAUAGACACAAGAGACUAAUUAGGCCUCAAAGUCGAAGCUGUUGUAAAACUAGAAAGGAUAAAGUUGUCAAACAAUUAUAUUUAAUUCUUUUAAUUUUUUUUUUCAGUCCAUGGACUUCUGAGAGUUGAAUACAUUUUGUAUUAGUUUCUUGCUUUGGAAAUCCCAAACAGGUAAAAUUUCACAUGAAAUUUAUGUUUAGGAACUACUAAAGGUCAAAAUAAUCCCUGGAAUGUUCAGUGAAUCAUUUUACCUUUGAUAAAGGUAAAUAAAGCUGUGAACUUUUUUUUAUACUUGAUAACUAUGGAAAAAUAUUCUUGUUUCCUUAUAUUAUGGAGACAGGAAUUUCCUAUUCAGAUGUUCCAAAGUAUAGAAAUCAUAGUAUUGUAUGGUAUAAUUAUGCAUUUUUUGAGACUUCCCCAAGCUCAUCUAGGUCAAUUCCAGUUCAGAGGUAUGACUUAUACUAUAUUCAGAGCUGAUGCUUGUAUAUGGCAAGGAAUUAGACUGCAGUAUUUUAUAAAUGGAAUAGAGAGAUUUAAAAACCUUUUCCUCAAUGUCUUUUUUCCUAGAGUAAAAAUUAAGAAAUUAUGUACUAAAUCUAUGCAUACUGUUUUGCAUUGCAUAGAAUAAAAUUUUUAAAUAUUUCCAGAUUAUAAGAUGAAAGACUCAUAACUUUUCCCAUUUUUUUCUUCCUUUAUUAAGUGGGGAUUUAUAUUCUGAAAUAUUUUCUUCUUUCUUGUGAGUGUAUUUAUCCAGAAAGUAGAGAGUUUGUCGGGUUUAAAUUUUAAAAUGAGAGAUCUGAAAAAUAGGUCUCCAGUCUAGAUUUAGAACCUAUAAUUUUAAAGAAUUUUGUAUAGCAUUUAAAAACCUGUACAUACGGCGCAGCCAACUUUGGUCUGUGGUCCUCAGUGUUUUCUUUUCAGGACCAGUGAGCUAACAGUUGUGUUUUCAAUUUUAAAUGGUUGGAAACAGUUUUUCAAGACACUGAAAAUUAAUAGGAAAUUCAGUCUCCAUAAAUAGAGGUUUUUGGAACACUGCCACACAUUGUUUAUGGCUAUUUUCGUGCUACUUUGACAGAGUUGAAUAGUUACUACAGAGACGGUAGAUUACGAAAUCUUAAAUUAUUUCCUCUCUGACCCUUUAUAAAAUUUACCAGCCCCUGUUCUACGGUAUAGUAUGACUAGUGUUCAACACAUUGAUGUUGUAGUUGAUGAAUUGUUGUGUGGUUUUGUUUGUUUUAUGUUUUCACGGAUUUUUGUUUAAGAAUAUUUGUCUUAAGAGGAAAGAGGUUAAAUCACCAAGCUCUUAGCCUUACGGUGUUAGCAAGGAAAGUAAUUUUUAGUUUCAAAUUACGUCAUAUGAUUUAAAAAACAAAUCCAGAAAGUAUGGAAUUGGGAUUUUUGUAUUUGCUGUCACUUGAUAAAGUAAACAUUGAGUUUUCCAGUAGCACAUAUCCAGAACUUUACCAAUCUUUUAAAAGUUUAAAAAUUCCCUUAAAAGGUUCCAGAGAUAUCUUGCAGCAGGUAGGGCACUUUCUGGUGCACCAUUAACCUGGUUUGAUCCCAGGCAUCCCAGAUGAUCCCCUGAGUGGUUCCUGAGCUCUGAGUGGUUCCUGAGCUUAGAGCCGGGAAAACCCUCUGGGCACUGCCAGGUGUGACCCCAAAACAAAAAUUUAAAAAUUCUCUCAAGAGAGUUAAGUAGGGGCUGGAGCAAUAGCACAGCGGGUAGGGCUUUUGCCUUGUACAUGGCCGACCUGGGUUCGAUCCCUGGCAUCCCAUAUGGUCCCCUGAGCACUGCCAGGAGUAAUUCCUGAGUGCAAAGCCAGGAGUAAGCCCUGAGCAUUGCUGGUGUGACCCAAAAAGGAAAAAAAAAAGUAAAGGUUUUAAAAACUCUCAGUAUCUUUUUGAGCAAAAUAAUUCUUUCAUCAGUCCACAGGAAUAAGGUAGCUCAACAUUGUAUGUAAUCUAUAUUAUGCAAAAUAUUUUAAAAUGAUAGAUUCUACAUCUUCAGAAAAUCGUUAAAAUUUUUGUUCUUCAUGGAUAGAAAAUACAGUCAUGAAAACAAAAAGACAUAAUUGUUACGUACUACUAAAGUUGACAGGAGCGGAAGAGAAAACUGAAGCAUUAAAGGAAGUAUAAGAGUUUAUAUGUUUCUCUAUGUCCACCCAUAUAUGUAGAGAGAGUGAACUGAGCAUUGAGAAAUAGCUUUCUCCUGGGGUUAUAAAUGCGGGACAAAGCCUGCAAUUAGUGAAAUUAGUUCCAUGGAUCUGAGAUUAGAGUAUUAAGGGGCAGAGAGGUUGAGGAGAAAGAAGUUACAGUAUCUAUCACAGCUUUUCUUCGUUGGGUUUCCAAGAGAGAAUGAAGUCCUAAUUCUCGGUGACAUAGAAUGUACUGGUGAUGUUCUGUCCUAAAGAGAAUGGAGAAAGUUUUCACUUGAGUUGCUUGUGCUCAGUGAGCACAAGUAUUUGUCAUGAACAUUAGAGAAUGGCUGAGGUAGAUGUAAGCACCUGACGGGCACGUGGAGUAUAAAACAUCUUUGUGAUUGUUCUCUUCAGAUCCCUUAUCACUUAACGGCUGUACACAUUUGAAUCGUAUCUUACCAGGUGUAUUGGAAAGUUCUUUUAUUUGUUUGUUUGUUUGCUAAGUUUUCAAAUUAUUGCAACUUAAUAUGGAAAACAGUGCAACGACGAAAGGAACGGGAGCAAAAUUAUUGUAUUCUACUUGUCUAAAAAGGAGGUGUUUUUUUUUGAUAUGUUGAAGAAUAUACACCAUACACCAAAUGUCAUCCAGUUUAGUAAUGGGCACAAGUUUCCUAAAGAAUAAGAACCUCAUCAGUAACCAGUGGCUGCUCAUCGAGCUUUAUUACUAUCUAGACUUUGGACUUUGUUAAGUUAAGCCAACAGAGGAAUUGCUGUAGGAGAUAAAAGGGGAAAGUUGCUGAGGAAAUUAAACAAAGCAGUGAUUGUACUGUUCUGAGCAGUUAGAUCAUAAAGGUUUUGUUACACUUUUAUUCACUGGAGUAUAUCAGUUUUGAAACAGUUUAAUGAUAGCGGGUUGUGCGAUGAUUCUUUUUGCUGUUUGCAUCAAAAAUACUAUGUGCCAAUUCAGCCUAAUGUAAUCAUGUAAUUUUGGUAUUGCUUUUAGCUAAUUACUUUUCUUU